GAUAUUAAAGAAUUCUUACUUGGGGACGAGUUGAAUGUUUCCAUGAUACAAACAUUCAUGAGGUAAUACUUUAUUAGUAUAUUUAAAUUAAUAAAUAUACAUAUAUGCCUUAAUUAAGUAGUAUUCAAUCCAACUAAUAAUAACUUCUAUAAUAAGUAAGUUUUAUUUGUAUCAAUAUGAAUUCUCAGGCUAUUAUACAAUGAUUUGAGGCGAUCUAGUCAGCCAAUGUUUGGUUGGUUAUGUCCAAGCUUUGUACGAGAUAACAGUUGCGUAAAAAACGAAAAGGAGGUGAAAGCAUAUCUCAAGGAAUCUUUGAACGCAUGUUCUCGUAUUGGAUAUAAGAUCAUUCUUCUUCCUUACAUUGAAUCGAACCAUUGGACACUGAUUGCAAUAUGUUUGUCACGUAACGAAGUCUACCACUUUGAUUCUUUGCGUAAAGGAACAAUACGGUCCUUACUAGUCAAAUCAUUGUUAAAUAGUGUGAUGAAGAAGCGUAGUGCAUCUGGACUUCGACAAGGAAAACCUCCUGUUUGGUAUUUAGUCGAGUGUCCGGUACAAGAAGGUGGACUUGCUGUGGGUAUUACGUCAUGAGGUUCAUGCUCGAUAUCGUCAACUAUUGCAAAGAUGUUGGUGAUCUUCGAAAGGUUUAUGCGAAUUCCACACCACGUUUGAGGAACUUCACCAAAGAAGAAAUUGAUGAAGUUCGGGAUAAGUUGGCGUCCCACAUUACCGAUGAUUGCAUAGGAUGAGAUUUAGCCCGAAUGUAAAAGUUUCUAUCAAUCCUAUGUACACUCUUUACAUUAUUAAAUAUAUAUGAAGUUAAUUAUUA